GCAAUCCCGUCUCGGGGUUCAUUGCUAACCUGUAGCCCCAACAGGUUAAAACACCUGUUGGAUACGGCGCAUGUGACAAAUACAAUUUUAUUUUAUCUAUUUGUCCCAAUCGUGGAUGAUACAGUAAAACACAUUACCAAAUACCAUACUUUAAUAAUUUGUGAUUCAGUACAUUUCCAGUGGUGGAAGAGACCCUCUGGAGUAGCUGCAGUGUGUCUGGGGCUGCUGUGUGUUCUCCUACUGACUGGGAUCAUAGGCCUGUCUGUCUACUAUGGAGUAAUUGGUCAUCACGACUCAACAGAGAGAGACCAGCUACAGGCCAGUUACAGCCUUCUGACUAAAGAGAGAGACCAGCUACAGACCAGUUACAGCCUUCUGACUAAAGAGAGAGACCAGCUACAGAUCAGUUACAGCCUUCUGUCUAAAGAGAGAGACCAGCUACAGACCAGUUACAGCCUUCUGACUAAAGAGAGAGACCAGCUACAGACCAGCAGUAACACCCUGACUAAAGAGAGAGACCAGCUACAGACCAGUUACAGCCUUCUGACUAAAGAGAGAGACCAGCAACAAAAAGAGAAAAAUGAUCUCAUGAGAAAGUUCUCUAAUCUGAAACAAACCUGCCCUAAAGACUGGAAGAAGUUUGAAUCCAGUUGGUACUUCCUGUCUACUGAGACUAAAACCUGGGGGGAGAGCAAAGAUGACUGUCUGGAGAGAGGAGCAGACCUGGUGAUCAUCAACAGUGAUAAGGAACAGGAGUUUCUCUUCCACCUCAACAAGGGUUUCUGGAUUGGUCUGACUGACACUGUUACUGAGGGGACCUGGAAAUGGGUGGACGGCAACCCACUGACCACCCCAAAGUACUGGGGGAGUGGACAGCCUAAUGGUGGUGGAGUGGAGAACUGUGUGUUGUUAACUCACAGUUCAUCAGACCAAGGACCAUGGCAUGACUAUCCGUGUUCAUUUAACCAUUCCUGGAUCUGUGAGAUAUAGUUCUUUCUCACUUUUAGUUAUGAUGUUGAUUGUCAUGCUGAAAGUCAUGAUACCAGCUACAGGGCCUUCAGAAAGUAUUCACUGCCUAGACCUUUUCCACAUUUUGAAUUUUUAAAUCGAUUAAAUUGAGAUUUUACUGUCACUGUCCUACACACAAUAACU